GGCCGACAUGAUGAGUUUUGCACUCAGCAGCCAGUUCUAUAUCGAUGCACUAGAACGUGCGAUACACGAGCAAGUGCCGCAGCACUUUCAAACGCUGGCGGAAGAAAAUCAGCUCAAUCCGUUCGAUCUCGUACCGCUGGACAUGAUGACGACGAUGGUGGAACCGUCAGCGGACGGGAUCGGAUCAGUGGGCGGUGAGGAGCGUGAUGCAAAGUUUCAGCAGUCGACAGAAAACCAGCUACAGCAGCAGCAUCAGUUGCUGCUACACCAGCAGCAAUCGGACGAGCAGCACAGUAGUAGUGGCAGCGAAGGCAACCCAUUCUGCGACAUCAAUGAUAAUAGUAUUCUGGUUGAGUUUGAAAAGAUAGACGAUGAGCUGGAUGAGGACGGAGGAUGUAAUAAAGAAAACAAUACUCUAUACGAAGACGGAGAGCCAUCGCAUGCCACUAUCACGAUCGAGGGUCCGGACAAUCAAAUACUGGCCCGGUAUCGGUGCAACUAUGGCAGCUGCAAUCGGAGCUACAGUACGGUGGGUAACCUAAGGACGCACAUGAAAACACACAGAGGUGAAUACAAGUUCAAAUGUACCGAGGAGGGCUGCACCAAAGCGUUCCUGACGUCCUACAGCCAGAAGAUCCACAUUCGCGUCCACACGAAGGUGAAACCGUACAUCUGCAGCGAGAGCAGCUGCCGCAAAGCAUUCAACACCCGGUACCGGUUGAGGGCACACGAGCGGCUGCACAACGGCGAAACGUUCAACUGUGCCGUCUGCCAGAAGGUGUUCACCACGCUGAGUGAUCUGAAGAAACACUCGCGUGUUCACACUCAGGAGCGACCGUACAAAUGCAAGGAAGAUAAAUGUGGCAAAGCGUUCACCGCGUCCCAUCAUCUGAAAACGCACAUCCGGACACAUUCAGGCGAGCGGCCGUUUGCGUGUAAGAUCAGCGAUUGUAACAAAUCCUUCAGCACACCACAUAGCCUGAAAACACAUUCGAAAACACACGAAAAGCCAAAGAAAAAGUUCUCCAAAUCAUCCAAGAUGAAGAAGGUUGCGGAUAAUCAGGAAGCGGAAAUGUCCUCGUACGAUAUUGUGCUGAUAGACGAUGAGAAUGAAUUAGACGGGACAUCGGGUGGUGCAAUCGAUGGUGUAAAUGAACCUCCACCGGUACCACCAACGAAUGUGCAACAACACGUUGAAGCUCUUCCCGCAGAUCCUUUAAACAGCAUAGUACCUCCUGCAGAUGAAUUUAAUUUCGUACAGGUGAACGAUUUCCACGAAUCGAAAGCCCUUGAACUAGCACUGGCAGCAGAAGAAGAGCUUAACCCACAGUGGAUCGACAUUUCGAUGCUCCAAUCCAAACCCCUAGCAGCACUCGAUCCCGUAACGUCCGCCUGUGUAGCUCUACCCACCAACGUGCCUUCCUAUGUGGAUCUUUCGUUCAAUGUUAACGUUGCUGAUUAUCUACCGUCCACGGAAACAAACACCACUGUACCUUCUGGAGGUGGUGGAUCAGCCAUUCUUACCGGUGAUCUUCCCACCGACGGUUCGCAGGUAUUUACGAUCGAGAAUUAUUUCGAUGAAAAUUUGAUGGAAAGUGCUAACGCCACUGUACAGAUUGAUCGUGCAAUUCAGAACAGUGAACAGCGCGCAGGUGGAGUGAAGCAGGAAGAGCAAGAAGAAACGGAAAAGUUAAUCAAUGAGCUGUUUGCUGAGGAGUUCCUGCCGAAAUUAAAUACCACCUCGAAUGGAGCCGAAUUGGGAAAUAGUGGUUUUGGGACGGUUAAUCAAAUGGAAAGCGGAAAAAAUGAAACAAACAGCAUGUUGAUGGCCGGUCCUAUCACUACAGUGGAGAGUUCGACGAAAACUCUGAAGGACAUUACGGCUGAUGCAGAUAUCUGCCGCUGUGUAAACUGUCAGUGUGAUCCUUUGCAGGGUUGCAUUGGAGGAUGCGGGCCGGAAAAUCCUUGCCGUGGCACAGCUUCCACUGGUGCGGCGUAUAAUGUUCCGGCUGCUUUGAUACCAACCAUGUCCCAACCGCAGCAACUCGAUCACAUGCAACAACUAACAUCGAUUGAAACGCAAUCUAGUGUUCCUGGUGAUAUGAACUUGCUGGGAAUGCAGCAACAGCAAUCACAGCAACCCACGAAACAGCCAUCUUCUUGCUGUAAAGCCACACCACCGGUCACAAACGACGACAGCGGAAUAGGUGGCAUCGGUCCAAAACUAACCGACCAGCUCGAACCACUGACGAAUAUGUUGAAAAGCUUACAGAACUGUUCGUGUGCUGGUCCGCGGGAUGGUCACUCGAAAGGUUGCUGCGUGGUAAUUUGUCUGAAAACGUUGGAAACGCUUAAAAAGGUGCUGAGCACACACUCGAGCCUAAUCCAUUGCCACAAUAGCAGUAGUGCCAUAAUCAACUGA